AAAAUAUGUGCUUAAAAUUUAUAAUUAUAUUGUAUAAGAAAUUGUGGUUUAAUGGCAUGUGUGAAAUACAUUCCUUUUUCCUCUUUGAGUAAAGUAUAAAGACGGCCUUUAUUUAACUCAACAAUUGGUUGCUAUAAAUUGUUUUUGUACUUCGAUAACCCCAUUGUAUAUCGAUAAGUUUCGAAACCUGAAAACAUAAGCUUGGUCCUACUAGCCGAACAGCUGAUUAGGCAAAAUUAAAUUAAGGAACAAAUCUAUAUCAUACAGCCCACAAAUAUGUUGUGCCGACGCACAUUGUUGUGCGUAACGACUAGAUGCCUACGGCUCCCGCCCAUGCAUCAACUCACACCUGGUCAGCCUGAAAAUGACCUAGCCAGCGACCUCUUGCACGCCUACUCGGAUGCAGAUAGUCUGAAGAUCCUGAAGACGAUAAAUGAAAGCGGCAUGAAUCAGAUAGCCAGCUACGACAUAACCAAGGCGAGGGCCACGAAGCUUCAAAAUUGGAAGGACCGUCAUGGACCGCUACAGAAACUCAGCGACAUCCUAUAUGUGGAGGGAUUCGGACUGAAGGUGACCACCAAAUUCUUUACAAGUUUGCUUGCGCCGGCGAGCACUGGGAGUAUUGCAGAAGGCCUCCAAAAUAAGACAAAAGCUGCACGAAUCGCGCCCUUUAUAAUACCGCCCAUGGACGAGGGCCAGCGUUCCCGGAUAGCAUCUGCCGUAGGGGUGCGCAUCGGAGUAACCAGUGUAAGCUGGGCACGAUUGAAGAUCGGGAGAGACGAAGCUACAUGUCUGCUCACUCACUGGCAACACCAUGAGCUGAACGACAAGAAGGUGCAUUUGUCAGAACUUUCCCGCCGCUGCCUCUAUGUCUCUCACCAGAUACCGGAUGCAGAUUGCUACGUCAUGGAGAGUCCACAAAUGGCGCAAGUCAGCAGCAACCCGGGGAGCAUCGACCAACAGAACGUAAACAUACAAAAGGCUCAGGUGUCUGCAAUCAUGAGCUUCUCCUUGAUGGCUCGUUCAGAUAGCGAUGAGAAGCAGAAGAACAACGUCUACUACAUGCGACGUUUUCUCUCAUCCCGACUGUUUAAUCACCUGGUGGGUACUGAGCGCGUGUCCACCGAGGACACGAUAUUGGCCAUGAUGCGGACACAUUACAACGUGGAACAUAAGAUCCCCGAAACAGAGUCCUCAUUAUAUCUGCCCAAACAGGUCCAGUUUCCCACUGACCUACGCCUUCUAUUUUCGCAGCAAGAGCGCUACCAGCGCGAACUUUUAGGCCAAGCACUUCUUCUAAGCUUAGCUUUUACUCGUCUCGUGCUUCAGCAAGAUCCGCAAAGUAUCGCAUCGGUGUCGCGCAACUCCAAAGUCUCCACUCCAAGCCGGACCUCUUGAAAAGCUACAAGUACGAAAUGUAUUAUAAUAAACAACAAAUGUUCCGCUCUGCGGAAAAUAUAACACUGUUCUAAGGAAAUGGCCUGGAAAAAGCUAAAAGUAUUGGUGGCCGUUUUGCCAUAACUUUAUAUUAUAAUAAACUAAUGCAAAAUUA